ACAGCUGAGACUAGUACGCGGAGGAGAGCUAUUCCUUGCAAUCGACCACAACUACAACAACACGCAUCCGAUCGGAACGGACAGGACAAUGUAGAUGAGACAAACACACGAUUGCAGUCAUUCUUCGAUAUGGAUGCAGAUGAAAGCAUGUAUGACAAUGGAUAUACAAUGGCCACAAAUAGACAUAUAGCGGAUGUUAUCGAUAAGGAACCCAAAGGAAGUGUUCGUGAUGGGGAUCAUUCAACGAACGCCGGUACGCGGAUGCAUUUACUAUACGAGGCGAGCGAUAGUGAAAACGUGCAUGAUGACGAUGAAAGUCUGACUGAAGCAGCAAUGGACGCUGACCGCAGCAAUACCGAUCAAGGCUAUGACGGAGAGACUGAGCCUGCGGCAUCCACAGAUCCGUUGCACACUGAGCCUGUCAAGAGCUUGGAAGAUGGAGGAAACGGUGCUUUGAAACGAUUGACGGGUGCUUAUUCUGGGCGAGCGAAUGCGGCACUGAAAAUUGGCUCACUGAGCGCACUAGACAAAUUAAUAGGGGCUUCCAAACCAUCAAUCAACUACACUUCACAGCCACGGCACCCAAAUAUAGGACAGAUUAACAAUGCUGCCCCUCCAGCAGUGGUUGCAAACGCUCGCAUUCGAUCCUUCAAGCCAGUCAUUUUGAAUGCGAAGGCAAAGCGAAAGCUGGAAUUCCCGUCGCAAGACGACAUCUUGACUUCGAGCGGUGCUGCUAUAUUGCAGCGAGUACUGACUGUACCUGCUGGAUUUGAUAAGUGA